CUCGUCAUUGAAACGCGAUCUGCAAUUCAAACAUUCCAAGGUUGAAAGCACAACGUCGUCACACAUACUUAAUUCGACUCCCGAGAUUUUUUCGGCAAAAUGUCGGGCACGACUGCGGCAGCAAAGAAGAAGUUGGUAGUGUGUGGAGGUAAUGGCUUCCUCGGUAGCAGAAUAUGCAAAGCAGCCGUAGCGAGGGACUGGGACGUGGUGUCAAUAAGUCGAUCAGGAGAGCCUCACUGGCCAUCCGUCUCAGCACACCAAAUCGCACCGCAAUGGUCCAACUCAGUCACCUGGCGGGCCGCGAACAUCCUGCACCCGGAAUCAUACAAGGAGGACUUGAAAGGCGCACACGCCGUGGUACAUUCUAUGGGCAUUCUAUUGGAGGCGGAUUACAAAGGCGUGUUAUCGGGACGAGAAUCACCCAUCGCAGGCCUGAGGCGAGCCUUCUCCGCAACGAAGCAAGGUUCAAAUCUCAACCCGCUGGAACGCAAGCCGGGACAGACCCUUCAAGCAGGAGAGCAGGACGGCCAGAUCACAUAUGAGCUGAUGAACCGCGACUCGGCCAUCACGCUUGCCCGCGAGGCCAACGAAGCCGGUGCAAAGGCCUUUUGUUACAUUUCUGCUGCGGCCGGCGCACCGAUCCUGCCAGGACGAUAUAUCUCCACGAAACGCGAGGCCGAGAGCACGAUCGCUUCGGCGUAUCCUCGCAUGCGUAAUGUCUUCAUUCGACCAGGCUUCUUGUACGAUUCGUCGCGGACAUUCACAAUGCCCCUUGCAGCUGUCACUUACGGUGGCUUCGUCGCCAAUUCAUUAACUGGGGGCAAUUUGACUUGGUUGAUGGGUGCCGGUGGUUCGAAGCCACUUAAGGCGGAUCUCGUUGCGGAGGCUGUGGUCGAGGCGUUAUCUAAUGACUCCACCAAGGGACCGGUUGAGAUCAAAGAGAUCGAAGAACUCGCCACUCGUGCUUGGCGGAGAGGAAUGCUGUGAGAUAGCCAUAGUGGAUGGCAUGUGUGAUUGGUUGUCGUGAACCAUGUGAAUCGCAAAGUAUCGCUGUAUAUCUGAUGUAUCAUAUCGCCCGUUUAAAUGGUCAGAUCAAAACUUGGCUCUCCGUGUCGCAGCG